AUGAAGUCCAAAACGACUGAAACCACCUUGGGGCCUGAAAUUGCCACGUGGUCUGAUAUUUACACAAUGACUGAAACCUCCACGCUGGCUGAAUCUGCCAUGGUAGCUGAAACUGCCACACUGGCUGAAUCUGCCAUGGUAGCUGAAACCUCCACGCUGGCUGAAUCUGCCAUGGUAGCUGAAACUGCCAUGCUGGCUGAAUCUGCCAUGGUAGCUGAAACCUCCACGCUGGCUGAAUCUGCCAUGGUAGCUGAAACUGCCACGCUGACUGGAAGUUUUUGA